AGUACCUGGUGUUGCCCAGAUUCCUAGCUGUGUUUCUUCGUAAAUAAAGGAUCGCGUUCUUUUAAAAAGUUCCAACGUUCCAUCCAACAACGAACGUGUUUGGCUACAACAGCCAUUCACUUGCUUCCCCCGAGAGCUCUCGUGGUAGCGAUCUAGAUCCUCCGAUACCGGUACCUUUUGCUUCAGAUAAUAUCUAUCUUCCCUGAGACUGUACGAACGAGCAGGGGAUCUUCGGAGGUAGCAAAGAGCAAGCACCCGAAGGUAUACCAGUAUUAGCUAUAGUCAGGGCUACCCGAAGAGUCAAUCAAGUUAAGUCUGGGUAGCAUAUUAUCCAUCGAUCCAACGAUCCAACCCAACAACAGCAACAACCAGCAGCAACACGUACUCAACUCCGCCAACAAGCAAUUACUUCCGCCUCAAUUAUUUAUUAUUAUUAAAAGACAGACAGCCAGAUAGAUAGAUGAUUCCGCCACCCGCCAACCCGACCAAAGGCGGCCCCAGUCGCACGAACAGUGGUGCCAGCAAUGUGAGUCGAGACAGCAGCAGUAGCACCCCUGCCAAGCCCAAGGAAGAACGGCGGCAAUCUCGGAUGCAACAAAUGGAAAUGAUGGAAGCGGCUGCCCGAGGGACUACUCCUGCCAUGCAACUGGAGCCUGUCGUGGCAGCUCCGACGACGACAUCCGGAUUACGGUCCCGAAAUACAUCGUCUCAUAGUACGUCGGUCCUCUCGAAUAGUUCGGUCGAAGCACGGCGCUUUUUAUCGGGAGAAGAAGAAGAUUACGUCAAUGGUACACCCAUGCAUCCAUCUACCAUUCAAAUUGGACCAAGGGGGACGUCCUCCACAGGAACCAGCUCUCUCUUUAACCAACACGAAUUGUACUCGGUCGAUCAGUCGGUCAAUCUCAUGGAUCCCGCCACAGAGACGUAUACUCCUUCGCCCAGCAAGACAAAAACAUCCUUUGUCGAUAUCUUUUUGGGUGGGGCUGGAACCACCACGGGAUCUGGAAAUGCCAAAGGAAGAGGAUCCGUACAUACCACAUGGCAACAAAGUGUUUUGGGAAGAUUCGUCAUUCUCUUUGCAUUCAUCUCCUUUGGCGUCUUUCUCUCUGUAUCGGUAUCUUUCUUGACGACGACUGACACGGACGAUAGUAGUACUGCCAAGGGAUUUGUCAAAACGGGUAAUCGAUGUGACGAUAUCAAGACGUUUCUAUUACUCAACAGUGCCUCACACACGGAAUAUCUAUCCGAUCAGUCCACCAGUGCCUAUCAUGCGCUGCGGUGGCUCUGCAAAACCGACGCUGCCAAAUUACCCGCCGAUCACGAUGAAAUACUCGCACGAUUUGCACUCGCCAGUUUUUAUUAUGCCACACACCCGGAUGCCGCUUCGCAACAUUCCAGUGGAACGGUCGCAACCAUUGAUUCCGGAUGGAAACGCGAUACCAAAUGGAUGUCCAAAGCCAGUGUGUGCGACUGGUACGGCGUCGAGUGCGAAGCCGUCGACACGCGAAACAAUCACAAGGAUGUCGUGCAUUUCAAUCUCACAAACAAUCAAAUGCAAGGGACCAUUCCACUAGAAAUCAAAUCACUCAGCAACAUGGUAUUGCUCGAUCUAUCGGACAAUCAACUAUCGGGAACCAUCCCCGCAUCCGUAUGUCGCAUGUUCCAAAUCACUUACUUGAUGCUACAAAAAAAUCAAUUGUCGGGGAGUAUUCCGACGCAUAUUGGUAUGAUGGAGGGAGCCUACGAAAUUUAUCUACACCACAACAAUCUCGAAGGGACCAUACCCUCGUCCAUUGCCAAAUUAUCCAACUUGAAGGGACUCUUUUUGGAAGAUAACCAAUUGGCUGGGUCCAUCCCGGAUUUGUCCGGACUCGCGGGGUUGAAUCAUCUCAACCUGCAAAACAACAGCUUGACAAGUGCCAUGCCGUUCUCGAUUGCAAAACUGACCAAUCUUCAUGAUCUGAGGCUGAAUUUGAAUAAACUGACCGGAACGAUUCUUCCCGAAAUGGCCACCAACAAAAAACUCCAGUUGUUGUAUCUGGGGAACAACCUCAUGACGGGCAAAAUUCCAGAGAUCUUUGACGACUUGCGAACGUUGACCGAUUUGGAGCUGCACAACAAUAUUUUCACUGGUGCACUCCCAACGACGUUUCGGUAUCUUACGAGCUUACGGAGGCUCACGGUGGACGCAAACAAGCUAGCCGGAAAGCUGCCGCCAGAGUGGGGAGAAAUGACAGAUCUGGAGGCGCUGGGUAUGCACCACAACCGAAUUAUAGGGUCAAUCCCUUCUCAGUUCAGCGGGAUGACAAACUUGGCCCACAUCUUUCUGAAUCACAACUUUCUGCAAGGGGAACUCCCCUCUGAGCUGGCUGCUCUGACAAAGCUAAAAGAUCUGUACCUUGAAAGCAACGCCUUCAAAGGCAAAAUACCAACGCAGAUGGCAAAACUGACGAGACUUGAGAGCUUUCGGAUUUUCAAUACUGACGUAACAGGGACCAUGCCGAGAGAACUCUGCGACAUGAAAGAGAAGUACGACAAGCUUAAAGAUCUCGAGGCAAGCUGCAACCAGAAAUUCAAGUGCGCCUGUUGUACAGAAUGUCACUGAGGGGUCGAGUACCGUACCUUCCUUGUGGGCUUCUAAGAUUGUCCUUGCACGAUGAAGUCAGUCGUUGCACCUCCGCUCCAGAACCUGCUUUCCUCGAAGUUGCAAGACUUGUAACAAGAUUCUAUCGUAUUACGAAACACCAAGAGGCGAUCAGUCAAGCGGAAACAAAGUGAACUCCAGCCACCGAGGACAUGGCGGCACACGAGUCUCUGUGUCGGCGGUCGACCCGAAGAUACCACUAAGUACGAAAGACAGUUUGUUCGGAGCCUGCUUCCCUAUACUCUAAUUGAUCCAAGUCAGGUGGCUAAAAGUGUCCUUCGUGUGAAACCAUAAUCUCAAUGGAUGGCUGUUGAAACUGAAACUGCACCAGUAGUAGCUACAACAUCAACUAAGAGGUGGGGGUUCGAAGAAGCCAAACCGUUCUCAACUGUCGGCCCCAACUUGUAUUUGUCAACCAAUUGAAUCUAGAUUAUUGUGCCAACUUGAAGAAAACUCAAGGGGGGGGGGACUCUGGCCUCUUCAGAACAAGGCGGCUUCCAACAGCACCAUCAGGCCAACACAGAAACCACUCUCAACAGUAUCGUUUUAGAAUAAAUGUAGUCACACAAGCAAACAGCUUCAUAGCUGGCUCUCUGCAUGCCUUUCCGAAGCCUAGCUAGCUAGAUUCUCUUGGCGGAUGCCAAGGCUACCGUUGCGGCUGCGAACGACAGCUUUUGAAAAGAAUAUGCAAUGACUAGAUUAAUAAUUAAAAAGAUACAACAGUAUCAGCAGCAAGGCCAGCACAGAGACACUCAAAAGCUGCCUAAAAUGCCCCUGCUUCGGCAAGCUCCAAAUCCUCAGCAGCCAUGACAUCAUAGACACAUUGGUCUUUCAAGUCUCCCCAGUGCUCACAGGGCUCCUCAGCAGCUUCCAUGGAAAUGGAAAUGGUGGAUUCACCCAGACGGCGGCGUCCUUCUCUUUCAGGGCCAGGCAUACUGCAUUUCACUGGGUGCUGGGGGAAUCUGUUUGUCUGGAAGAGCUUGGGUUCUGUUUCAAUGACUUGCCAUUCAUUGCCAGAGGCAUCAGGAUCAGUCAUGACAGUGCCAUUGCGGGAAAGCAACUUGCCAGUUCCAAACUCUCCCAAAAGACCCUGGCUGCCUCUGUACUCCUCAGGGCUGGCACCCACAGUCUUGACACUGACCAGGUCCUUGAAAGAUUGAAUAAUAAUCUGCUUUCCCUCUCCAAGCUCAACAGUGAAGAUGUGUUGCUUGGAGUUGACCUUCUUGUGGGUGACAGGGUACUUGUCAUCCAUCUUUUCAAGCUCUGCAUUGGAGACGCCAUCCAACAUGUAGUUACCAUAUUCACCAACCUCCAAGACGCUGUCUCCAAUUUGAACAGCAGCAGACUCAAUGAAAGAGUACUGGUAGCGAGCCUUGGUUCGAAUGUGGAUCGCCAAUCCAGUUCCAUGUCCAAACUUGGGGCUGUCGAUAAAGACCAAGUCACAUUCUCCAUGGAAAUCAAACCACUCUCCAACCCAAGUCUUGAAGUGGGGGUCACCUGUGCCAGCUCCAUCAGUGAUUGGUUCACAAGGAGUGAGGAUAACAGACCAAGAAUUAAGUACUCUUUCGUCACCAUCAACAUCAUCAUUGAUGUGAAGCGUCCAGUAACCUGUUGAUUGGUGCCCAUUGAAAGUAGAGAGAGACUCUUCUGGCUGAACGUCUACUCCAUCAUCAUGACAAAGUGGUUCGAAGAUACCAGCACCAUCAAUACUGUUUUCACUCGAGUCAUCAAAAAGAACAACAAGAUCUUCGCUACCACCACAAUCAUCAUGCUGAAGCCGAAUCAUAUCAACAGGGUCAGUUGUUGGGUCUGGUCCAUCGACAUCAAGCUUGAUGUCAAACAGCAAGCCAGAAGUCCAAGUGUGGGUGAUGUCCACUGAAAUGUCGACGUCACAGAUGUCAAAGGUUGCAUCCACAAAAAUGUUAGAGACGGUUGGUCCAUCGGUGCGUGCGGGAUCCAGUGGAAUUCGUAAGUUACUGUUGGCAGCAUCCGAAGUGUACGUAACAGGUGUAGCAGCCCUUGUGGGAGACAGGCUACCAAGGAGGCCAAGAGCAAUGAGAGAUAGCUUGGUGAACAUGGUGGCGAGCUUGAUGAAAUGUGUGAUGAAAAGCAACAAAGUAGUAGCGCUAGUAGUAUUAGCAGCAGUAGUUGUUGUUUGCUGUUCGUUCCUUCUGUUUUGAUGUCUUUGGACUUUCAAAUUGUGAGAGUUUCUGGCCGGGUGAGGUCAAAGUUGGAGGUUGCUGCUGCUGCGGUACCAGUACCUGGGUUUUCGUCGAGCAACUCUCUCCAGUCUCGUACCGGCCGGUACAUGGACCGGUACAUGGGUCCGCAAGCAGUUUUCAAACCAAAAAUCCAAAACAAAUCACCAACACCUUUCUCACAUCCUCAGCAACACAUAAAUAAGCCUCACCUCUCGAGAAGCCAAUGAGGUCACGAUGUCCUGGCUAACACUUUGAGCAUCUCAAUUCUGGUCAAAGGUUCGUGGGCUGAUUCACGAGCCGAGUAUCAUCUUACUGUGGUACUGUACCAUCGUUUGAAAUUGAGCAUCCGUUCUUUUAGGGUACUGGGACUACUCUAGCUAGCACACUAGAGGUUCCAUUGGAAGCGCAUUCUCCAGCCCUCUCACAUGUAACAGC